AUGAAGAUUACCGAAGGCAAUGGUGUAGAUAUUGUAUUUGAUCCGGUUGGGCUGGUGGAUUUGAGUCUGAAGUGUCUAAAGCAGGGGGGGAGGAUUCUGGUUGUCGGGUUUGCAGGAACGGAAGGUAGAUUGGAGAAGAUUGCUAUGAAUAGGGUCUUAUUGAGACAAGCUCAGCUGAUUGGCUAUCGUUACGGCGAAACAGAUCGUAUCGAUCCUGCUGAGACAGCACAGAUCUGGAAAGAGUUGAAAGUAUUAUGGGAAAGUGGCAAACUCAACCCGACAAUUUAUAAUGAAGAGUAUCAGGGCUUGGAAAGUGUAGUUAGAGCCAUGAAGGAUCUCGAGGCGAGAAAAGUCUGGGGAAAGGCUGUGGUUGUGAUGGGCCAAGAAGAUCGUCCGAAACUCUGA